GCCGCCGCGAUUGCGGAGCCGCGGGCAACGCCGGGGAAACGGGGGGUGAGGAAGAGCAGCCGGGGGUCCGCCAGGAGCGGGGCAGCGCCGGGACCCGCAGCAGUUUCCCCCGGUAGCACCGGGAACACGGAGCGGGGACGUCGGGGAAGCGCUGCGGGACACCUGCGGGUCCUCCCCGCCCCGCCCUACAAUGAGCGGAACCGCGUCCGUCCCGUCCCGUCUCACCGCGUCCCGGGAUCGGUUCGGUGCGGUGCGGGCUCAGGUGUGUCCGGUACCGUCCGCGGGGCCGCCGGGCGUGGAGCCACCAGGAACUGCCCCGGGUUUUCCUGCCCGUCCCGUCGGGGCGCGGGGCCGGAGCGGGCGCGGCGGGGCGCAGCCCGGGGACCCCGGCCCGGUAUCGGUUCUGCUUUCGGGGGAGGCGGCGAUUUCGCAGUAACGGGGGGCGGGUGCCACCUGCCCCGGGGAUUCCCCACCUGCCGCCGCCCCAUAAAAGCCGAUGGAUCCGUCGGUGGCGGCACUGACCGGAUCCGACCCGUCCUGCCAUGGUUCCGUUCCGCCGCCUCCUGCUCGUGUUCUGCCUCCCGGCGAUGCUGCUGCCGCCCGCGGUCCCGUUCCCGACCCCGGGCACCGACUGGGCCGCCUGCAGAGACCUCUCCCAGCGGCUGUCGCGGCUGCUGGGGGCGAUGAAGGAGUCGCACCGGGUGCUGGAUGGGGUCCGUCUGGGUGGAGAGGAGGACUCUGAGGGGGACUGUGCCCCCCGCAUCCGCUGCAGUGAUGCCUGCGACCCCUCCACGCUGGACACGAACAGCACGAACUGCCUGCGGCGGAUCCUGCAGGGGCUGCAGCACUACCAGACCGUGCUGAGCUCCGACAUCUUUGCUACCCACCCUCAGCCGGAGCUUAAAGCUGUGCUGGAUGAACUUCUGGGCCUCGUGCAGGUCCCCUUUCGUUCCUGCCAGACCCCCCCGCCCCCUCCUACAGACCUCUGGGCUCGUCCAUUGCUGCAGCACAACACAUUGGAACGGCUCCGCUCCUUCACCGCCGUCAUGAGCCGCGUCUUCACCCACGGUGCCAGCACCCGCUGAGCCCCCCCCCGACCCCCCCCCACCUUUAUUUAUUUCUUAUUUAUGGGCCGCGCUCCCUAUUUAUACGGGGUAUUUAUGGGUUUCUAAUAAAGGGCUGGGAUACGAG